AUAUUUUUUCUGUCAGGGGCUCAGCUUACUGCCUCAGUGACAUGGAAAGUGCUUUGGAAUACUGACCUUAAACUAAAAACACCUUGAAGUAAUGGUAACUCUUUCCCAUUACAACUAGUUUUUUUUUCCUGAAAUAAUCCAUGUACUGGCACAUGUAGAAGAAAUAAGACCAACAGAUGUUUUACAAGGUCACUAGAUAUUUAUUCAGUGUGGCUGGAUACCAGGUGACAAUUAGUAUCUCACUGGCAUGGAUAUCUAAGUUUCUAAAUUCAUGAUGAACAUGCUUCUGAACACCCACAGGCCGAGAUGUCCUGCCAGCAGAGCCAGCAGCAGUGCCAGCCCCCUCCCAAGUGUGCCCCCAAGUGCCCUCCCAAGUGCCAGACACCAAAGUGUCCUCCCAAGUGUCCUCCCAAGUGCCCCCCUGUGUCUUCCUGCUGUAGCCUGGGAUCCGGGGGCUGCUGUGGGUCCAGCUCUGGGGGAGGCUGUGGCUCCAGUUCUGGGGGCUGCUGCAGCUCUGGGGGUGGUGGCUGCUGCCUGAGCCACCACAGGCCCCGCAGAUCUCUCCGACACAGACACCAGAGCUCUGGAUGCUGUAGCAGUGGUGGCAGCAGUGGAUUCUGUGGCAGCAGUGGUGGCAGCAGUGGAUGCUGUGGCAGCAGUGGCAGCAGCAGUGGAUGCUGUGGCAGCAGUGGUGGCAGCAGCUGUGGCAGUAGCCAACAGUCUGGUGGCUGUUGCUGACCUGGGUGAGGAAGACUUCAGACAAGUGUUGCAGGAGGAAGCCAUGUUCAGAAGACUGCCCAUGCAGCUGCUCUCUCUCUCUUCCUGAAUCCCUCCUUACCCUGCCCUUGAAGAUGAUCAAGUCCCCUAUGAAAGGCUCUGCAUUCCACUCACCAGAUGACAAUGUUCCUCUACCUCUUUGUUACAAAUAAAAAGCCUUGCCAACCA